GAAGAUUCAGUUUAAAAUGUCUCUUGUCGUACAGUGCACCACUCUCCUUUGCUUCUUCUUCGCCAUUUCUUUGGCAAACACUAACAAAGAUGUAUCCAUCGCGCAAAUGGCCGAGGAUCUUCUUUCCUCAAGUCCUCAACACCAAGUUGCCGUCACCAAUGACGUCAAAGAAUGGACCCUAGAUUGGAUGGCUGAUCAAGGGGACGUCCGGACUGCCAUGAUGACUCCCAGUCCAUCCGUCGACGCAAAGAAACUUCUCGAAGACAUUCUUUGUGACGACGGGCACGAUGAAGAGUCUGAUAUGGGCGACGAAUGGACAAGCAUGGACCCAAUGGGCAGAUGUGGAUGUUGCGGAGCUAUGAAAUCCAUAACUGGAAUGUAUCCAUCACAAAUGAUGAUGCCGAUGUACACCCCGAUGGGAUACCAAAACUACCAACCUUUCGCCAACAAGCGCCAGCCCCAAACGCAGUCAUUCAACGGACUGGUCCAAACAGUUUGCGAUCGUUUAGUGGCUGAUAUCAAAAUGUCAGGACUCGAUCCUAUGCCGCUGAUGUUGAGAAGAAGAUCCGUCCAAGAAACAGCAAUCUUAUCCCAGUCACGUCUUCACGCCCAGCGAUCAAUGAGGUCAAAUUCCAGCGACGAGAAAAAUCGCGAUGGAAAGAGUCACGAAGCCCUAGAAUCAUCUCAGUGGGAAACUCAACCAUCGGUUCGCGUAUUCUGCCGUUUAUCUGGUCUAAGCACCCUUCGCCGAACUGGUGAUGUGCAAUCUAUGGCUCUCCCUAACGGACGGACAAUGCUCAAGGUGAAUAUGCUGGCCGGACCACUACAACUUAGUCUGCCGUCAGGUACUGCAACUCCAGGUAGUUCAGCACCAGUAGCCGCAGACCAGCACGAGUCCAAUUUGUCCCAGGGUCAAACAUCUAAUGAAAUUACAACAGUGGAAGAAGUCAACGCCGAAAUGAACCUUAUACUUCACCCCCGAGCCGGAAUUCUACUCCACAGUUUCCAAUUCUCUAAACCAACCAAGUUUAACAGCGAAGCCGCAGCCUUCCCUCAACAACCAUCACGAAUUCCUUACCGUGGAAGUUCAAUUCCAAUAAUCGACAGCAUCAACGAGGCUGCAGUAGCUCAGCAACUGCGUCAAGCAAUCCGUCGCACACUUCGCAGCUCAUAAUAAGCACUUCACAAUCUUUAUAAACAUGACUUUGUUAAAAAAAAAACUUGUAGUUUUUCCAAUACACUCAAUUUGAUACAA